GUCGUAGAGACUGAGAAGUAAACAAGUAAAGAAUUAAAGCUGUUUAUCAGAUCUGCUCAGUUCAGGCUCUUCUCUCCUGCCAGAUCCAGGUAUGGUGAGUUCUGACGUGUGGGUUGGCACCUGGAGGCCUCACAUGCCGAGAGGUCCUAUUGCAGCCACGUAUAGAGGUCCAGGACCCAAAUAUGGACUGCCAGGUGCUACAGGUCUCAAUGAUCACGACCCUCGUAAAUGUAAAGCUCCUGCGUUCAGCUUUGGCACAAGACAUCGGGAUUUAAACUCAGGUUGCUCACCAGGGCCCGGUUACCUCAUACCCUCCAAUAUCACCAGAGCUGGGCGUGAUGGCACUCCUGCCUACUCGCUAUACAGUCGUCCUAAAGAACUACAGCCCUUUCCGACACCUGGACCAGGUCGUUACCGCCCUGAGAAAGCAGGAAAGACCACCUUUAUAUCCGCCCCUGCAUACUCACUGUCUGCUAGAACCAAACUCUUCCGUAAUGACCAAACACCAGGACCGGCUGCGUACGCUCUUCCCCCGGUGCUGGGGCCCUACACCGUGGAUAAAAGAUCCGCCCCAAACUACUCCCUCAGUGGUCGCAGCACAAGAGGCAGCUUCCACGAGGACCUGCAGAAGACUCCAGGUCCAGGAACUUACAGAGUCGUGGACACUCGAUUGUACAGAAGCAAAUCCCCUGAAUACAGCAUCAUUGGUCGCAACACCAUGCCUGGUGACACCACCAAGAAACCAGGACCUGGAAGUCAUUAUCCAGAGCAGGUGACCUUCACAAGAUCUAAAGCUCCCAGCUUCUCCUUUGGUGUUCGUCACUCUGAGUUUACUGCCCCACUGAUUGUUGGUGUCGCUGAUUAAUCAUCAUUGUUUAUUAAAGAGUUCUGUUAAGCAAGAAA